AUGGGUAAUGAUGGUGGCAGUAUUCCAACCCGCCGCGAACUCGUAAAAGAGGCGGCGAAAGCUCCCAGUACGGCGCAAGUGAAAGAAGCCCAGCGCGAAAUGCAGGAACAUUUCUGGACCACCUGUCCCUUGUCGCAUAAGCCGCUAAUCCGACCGAUCGUCGCCGACUGCGUCGGUAAUCUCUACAAUAAGGAAUCAAUAUUAGAAUUCUUACUUCCCGGUGACGACGCCCCGGGCAUCAGAUCCAAAGCGGACUGUGAAGAGAUUCUGUGCGGGCGCGUGAAGGGUCUUCGGGAUGUUGUCGAGCUGAAAUUCGAGAUCGAUACCGAGCGUGGCGAGCAUCCGGGCAGCAAAAAUGAUAGACGCGAGGUGUGGAUUUGUCCAGUCACUGCUAAGCAGUUAGGCCCCGGUGUCAAAUCGGUCUAUCUUGUUCCUUGCGGCCAUGUCUUUUCCGAGGAGGCUAUCCGCCAACUCAAAGACGAUAUAUGUCUCCAGUGCGACGAGUCAUACACAGAGGACAACGUGAUCACUAUCCUGCCGCCAAAGGAAGAAGAUAAACAACGACUGAUGGCCAGAGCACAAAGACUAGCCGAACAGGGACUCACCCACUCGCUCAAGAAAGCCCCCGGCUCCAAGAAACGCAAGAAGCACGCCAACGGCGAUUCCACCGAGACCGCUGUCAAUUCCGCGGGAGAUUCCAAGUCAGCUCUGGCAUCUCAGGCACAGAAGGAUCGGGCUGCCGCUUCGAGUCGAAGCAACACAUCGACUCCUACCCCCAAUACAUCGAACGGUAUUAAAAACGCGUCCACGGCGAUGCUGACCGCGCGUGUUCUGGAAGAGGAGAACGAGAAGAAGAAGCGGCGGAAAAUGAUCGGUGCGAAUGAGAACAUUAACAGUCUGUUCACCAAGGGUUCUAACGGCAUCAAGCCCACCACUACCGACUUCAUGACGAGAGGAUUCACGUUACCUGCGGGAUCUAAACGGUGA